CAUUCCUCUUACACUUUGAGAAGGACAGCCAACACCAUAUAUUACUACAUCAAGCAAAUUUCUAUAAAUAUUACCAUCAACAAUAUCCAUCACAUAUGCUUCCUAAAAUGAAGCCCUCUCUACUUUACACUCUUUCUUUCACUCUCUUAUUUCUUUCUACAUCUCUCUCCGAAAGGUGCAAUGCAAAUGACAAAAAAGCUCUCCUAGAAAUCAAGAAAGGGCUGGGCAAUCCCUAUGACUUGCUCCAAUGGGAUCCCAAAACUGAUUGUUGUGAUGAUUGGGCCAAGGACACUCUAUCAUGUGAUGACGAUACAAAUCGUGUUAAUUCCCUAAGCCUCACCAAAAUUGAGGACGCCGGCCACCUCUUACCAGCCAUUGGAGACCUCCUGUAUCUCAAACAGUUGGACAUCACCAAAGUACGCAAUCUUUCAGGUCCAAUUCCACCUACAAUAGCCAAGCUCACAUAUCUCAGAUCGUUGAAAAUCACUCAAACAAACAUUUCAGGACCUAUCCCUGAAUUUCUUGGUGAGAUGAAAAACUUAACAUACAUCAACUUGUCAGAAAACAACCUCAUUGGUACAAUCCCUCCUUCACUUGGCCAACUGUCAAAUUUAUUGUAUCUUCGCUUAGACAGGAACAAACUCACUGGACCAAUCCCAGAAUCAUUCGGAAAAUUAGGCCCAAAACUCGAGUUUCUUUACCUUGGAGGUAACAAACUCAGUGGAGUUGUACCGAGCUCUUUUACUGGUUGGAGCUUUGAGACACUCGACUUGUCCGCAAACAAGCUUGAAGGAGAUAUUUCUUUCUUGUUUGGGAAAGAUUCGAAUACAUUUCAAUUGUAUUUGUCUCGGAAUAAGUUUGAGUUUGACUUCUCAAAGUUAAAGUUUGGGAAGAAUUUAGUGAGUUUGAAACUGAACCAUAACAAUAUUUACGGGGGAUUUCCAUCAGGGUUUGAAAAGAGACCAUGGCAGGAGUUCAAUGUGAGUUACAACAAUCUAUGUGGGAAAAUUCCGCAAGGUGGAUACAUGAUUAGAUUUGAUCUCUAUUCAUAUGUACACAACAAAUGCUUGUGCGACUCUCCGUUGCCACCCUGUAAAAUGUAAAUCAUGAUAUUCGUAUUUCAAGAUUUCUCUUUGAAUGACAA